UCGGCGCGUUUCCACGUUCAGUUGGAGUCAAGUGAGUCGCGCAGGCGGACGACGAGCGCGCCUCGUCUCCCAUUGAUCAUUUUUCAGGUUUGUCCUGUUUCCGCGCGCGCACAGCCGCGGGUUCAAUGAGCAGCCGGUGUAAUUACCGACCUCCGGAUGAAGUGCCGGACUUUUCUUGUACUGCAAAGCGCACGCGAUGUAACCGAUCGCAGUAAUUGACUGUUUAUCCCCGUCGGAUUUCGGAGUACUUUUAUUGAUCCAGCAAAGAGGCGCGCGAGGAUGGGAAAACUUCAGUCAAAGCAUGCGUGUAAACGCAGAGAAAACCCCGAAGGAGACAGUUUUGUUGUGAACGCUUUCCUCCGCAGAGGGAUGGAGGAAUGCGAGAGGUACAGCGCCGCGGAUCUCAAGCUCAAGAACACGCAGGAUUUUCCCAGUGGGGAGCCGAAGGAAGGGCCAUUCACGGAGCCACACUGUCCCCUAGAGGUGGUCCUCCCUCCGGAGAAGGCUGAGGGCUGUGAGGGCUACCUGCAGUACCUGCACGCAGAGGACGGGGAGCGAGAGCUGCCCAGAGACGCCGGCAGAGCCCCCGGGAAGAAGCGCAUCAGUCUGGAUGAUUUGGAGUGCGAUGUGUCUGUGGAGGACGACAAUCGCCAGGAAUGGAUCUUCACUCUGUACGACUUUGACAACAGUGGGAAAGUUACAAAAGAGGACAUGUCCAGCCUGAUGCACACCAUCUACGAUGUGGUGGACGCCUCGGUCAAUCACUCGUGCCACAACAAAAGCAAGACUCUGCGAGUCAAACUGACCGUCAGUCCGGAGCCGAAGUGCCACAGAAGAGAAACGGGGACAGAACGCUGCCACCAGGAGGACGGGCGAUCGGCUGACAAGCGGCUGUCCGCUUACAUCAGUAGCAGCAGAGGGCACGGCACCGAGGGGCUGCCCACCGAGGGUCAGCACUACUGCGUGGACGAGAACACAGAGAGGAGGAAUCACUACCUGGACCUGGCCGGUAUAGAGAACUACACCUCUAGAUUUGAAGGAACCGCCCCCGCCUCCUCCCCCCAAGAGCCCCACGUCCGAAGCUCCCAGAGCCAGAGCCGGUCCCGCUCCCAGGAGCCCGAGGCGCCGCCCGUCCACCAGCGCCGCUCGCAGGUCCUCAGCGACAGCUACAACCCCACCGAGCCUCGGGUCAAGGGCGCCCAGUUCCUCAAAUCGCCCAGAGGGAACUACAAGGGAAGCGGCGGGAACAACGCGAGGUCCACUAAGUGCCACAGCUACCAUCCCGCUGUGCAGACGGCGGCGCACGGCGCCGGGGCGGCGGCUCACGGCGGCCAGGACGUGUACCACAUGCCCCACCAGGCCCAGCCCGCGGGCCACCACCAGCACCCCCUGCAGUACAGCCACAGCAAGCGGCUGCGGGCCAAGGCCCGAGAGGGCGUGUCCCCGUCCAAGGCCCCGCCUCCCCCCCAGCCCCACCCCCACCAGCAGCCGCCGGUGCCCUCGCUCCUGCCGGGCCUGGAGAGAGAGCCCAUGCCGGGCCCCCCCGGGAGCCCGGGGUUCGUGGUUCCCGUGGUCCAAAGGCACGAGCACCACCACCACCACGAACACCACCACCACCACCACUACCACCACUACCACCAGACAUGACUGCUCCCAGCGGGCAGCGACUGAGACUGUACAGGACCGACCACAGCGGCCCCAGUCCGAGGGGCGCAGGGUCGACGCGUGGGGAAGUCUCGCCUUCGGUCCAGGAUCCUUUUAUCAAGCUAUACAAAUAUAUCCUGACUUUAUUGAGGAACGGUGGGUAGAGUUAACGGCAGAUCCCGUUGGACUGGGAGGACGUUUUGUGUAAGGAUUGGUCUGCUGUGAUCGUGGCCUGAUUUUAAAAAAAGGGUGCAAACGCCCAGGAAGCUAUAAACCAGAGUGGGUUUGUUGUUCUGUGUCAGACCUUUCCGAAACAUUGGAUCUCAGGUGUAAAGGUGCUGCUGCUCUCAAGCUUUUCACGCAGGCCUCGUCCUCUGGGGGGCCUGACGUGGACUGAGGGGUUUCCUGUUGGGGGAGGGGGGGGGGGGG